GGCGGACAUCGCUUCCGGAGCAGCAUGGCGGCCACUGAGGAGGAGAGGCUGGCAGGGAGCGGUGAGGGAGAGCGUCUGGAUUUCCUGAGGGACCGGCACGUGCGGUUCUUCCAGCGAUGCCUCCAGGUCUUGCCAGAGCGCUAUUCUUCGCUGGAGACCAGCAGGUUGACAAUUGCAUUUUUCGCACUCUCCGGGCUGGAUAUGUUGGAUUCCUUAGAUGUGGUGAACAAAGAUGAUAUAAUAGAGUGGAUUUACUCCCUGCAGGUCCUUCCCACAGAAGACAGAUCAAAUCUAAAUCGCUGUGGUUUCCGAGGCUCAUCAUACCUGGGUAUUCCGUUCAAUCCAUCAAAGAAUCCUGGAACAGCUCAUCCUUAUGAUAGUGGCCACAUAGCAAUGACCUACACUGGCCUUUCAUGCUUAGUUAUUCUUGGAGACGACUUAAGCCGGGUAAAUAAAGAAGCUUGCUUAGCAGGCUUGCGAGCCCUUCAGCUAGAAGAUGGGAGUUUUUGUGCAGUACCUGAAGGCAGUGAAAAUGACAUGCGAUUUGUGUACUGUGCUUCCUGUAUUUGCUAUAUGCUGAACAACUGGUCAGGCAUGGACAUGAAAAAAGCCAUCAGCUAUAUUAGAAGAAGUAUGUCCUAUGACAAUGGGCUGGCACAGGGAGCUGGACUUGAAUCUCAUGGAGGAUCUACUUUUUGUGGCAUCGCAUCACUGUGUCUGAUGGGUAAACUAGAAGAAGUUUUCUCGGAAAAAGAAUUGAACAGGAUAAAGAGGUGGUGCAUAAUGAGGCAGCAAAAUGGUUAUCAUGGAAGACCUAAUAAGCCUGUAGACACCUGUUAUUCUUUUUGGGUGGGAGCAACUCUAAAGCUUCUGAAAAUUUUCCAAUAUACUAACUUUGAGAAAAAUAGAAACUACAUCUUAUCAACUCAAGAUCGCCUUGUAGGGGGAUUUGCCAAGUGGCCAGAUAGUCAUCCAGAUGCUUUGCACGCAUACUUUGGGAUCUGUGGCCUGUCACUAAUGGAGGAAAGUGGAAUUUGUAAAGUUCAUCCUGCUCUGAAUGUAAGCACACGGACUUCUGAACGCCUUCUAAAUCUCCAUCAAAGCUGGAAAACCAAGGACUCUAAACAGUGCUCAGAGAAUGUGCAUAUCUCCACAUGACUAACUUUAGACUGGGAAGGUGGGGGGAUUUGUAGCAUAACUGUAGCUCCAGCUUAAAGCCAUGUAUAACCACGUGUGCUCUUUUUUUAAGAGGUAGAGUCUUACAGUCAAAUCUCGUACUGAUGUCUUGAGCCAGUAACCCGUGUACUGAGUUUCAAGAAAAUCUUUGUUGAAGUUUAGACCAUGACUCUGUAGUGGUUCUUAAAUGUUUAUACUGUAUUUCUAAGAAGUUCUUUGAGGCAAAUUUACUGUAUAUAUGUAGGUUAUCUUUUUUAAAAUUCUUCAGUACAAAUUGUAUCUUCUUAUAAAAUGGACACAAAUCUUAAAAACAAGUUUACACUUCAUAUGACAUUGAUAAUCUUCAGGUGAAUACUUAGCGCUUGACUGCUGAUGGUAAAAAAUUUGCUUUAGUGAAUUAAGUAUCUGGGAUUAUUCUUUGAAAACAGAUGAUCCCAUAAUUUUUUUAGAAAAGUGACUUGUCUUAUCCUUAAGUAAAAUGUGCCAAUUAAA